AUGCGUAUCGAUCUGUUGAUCCUCUACAGCUUUGCUCUGCUCCACUUGACUUUAGCCCAAGUGGACUCGAAUCACACGGCGUUGAAUCAUGUGGUGGAGAGGGUUUUUUCACGUCGGAAACGCUUUGUAUUAUUUCCACCAGGAUCAAAUCUGAAGUUUACUGGGCAGUUAAGUAAAGGUCUUAUCUCAGCUUAUCCCAAAGGGGUGGCCAUGAAUAUAGAGCAGGCGUGCUAUUAUCCUGUGCCCUCGAAACGCGAGGAUGUCUAUCCAAAGCGAUAUCGACAAAGAACAACGACUACGGAGAAGCCUAAGACCACUACAGAACCUACCUAUGUUUGGAUACCAGGAACCAACUGGAGAUUUAAGGCCACGCCUCUGAAAAAACCAAAGCCUCUCAAACUUCACCAACGCAUUGAUGUGAGACCCCCAAAACCAUCGUAUGCAGAACCUGCCAAGUGGUCUCAUUGGUCAAAAUAUGGUAACCGAUACGAAAACUGGUCUCCAGCAAAUCACAACUAUGAGAAAUACAGCCAACCUGGUAAAUGGAGCAAGUGGACCACGCAGUCGCCCAAGUGGUCAAAGCGCUGGUAUAGAUCUGCAGAUGGAGAAUACUAUGAUCCCGAGGUGGAACCCUAUGAAGAUCUAAGGUCGCUGCCUAUAGAUGAUCCCUAUGAUCCUGAUAUGACACCCAGUAAAAUAGCUCACUAUCCGGAACUAGCACAUGUCAUGGAUAUGCGCCACUACAAUGGUCAUCGAGAUCGCAGACAGCUUUUCGAGCACUUUGAUGGUUUUAGUAAGCUUUUGGGAAUCGAUGCCAAGGCCUGUGUUUUGAGAGCCAUUUGUGAUAGUAAGCGGCUACUUCUGCCUCGUGGAUACUCCAUGAUUCAUGAUAUUGUGAGACUCGUCUUUACAUUACCCACCGCAUCCGGCAUAGAGGAUGACUAUUCACGGAUCAUGCAAAUGGAUGCGGAGGAUUGUGACCGUCAGUUUAGGGACUCUUGUAAGCUGAACCUACUGGCCUUUCUAAUGGGCGGCAAGUGGAAUUGAAUAAAACAAACUUCAAGAGGA